AUGGGUAAGAUGAUUGGAGCAUUCGCUCUUGCCGGGAUCGGGUAUCAGCAGAUGUGGGAGCCAACGGAGAGCAUGCUGCAGAUCUGUGAAGAGAGUGGCCGAGACCUCGCCAGGGAGACCCGCAAGGGCAAGGCCAAGCUGCGCAGCACAUCAGCCAAGUCACCACCAGCCAUUUCCCUUGCUCCCUGCUCACCCCUUCCUCGCCUAACUCCCACUUGCUUCCAGCCUGUCUUUCCCCUUCUCCUCUCGCAGCCUAUCGUAUCCCUCUCACGUGUGGGUAAUAAUGAGCCAUAG